CUGGCUGCCAUAUAAAAGGUAUCAAUACCCAAAGAACAGGCACUAAACAGUUUCUAAGUUAACUAAAGAAGCAUACUGAUUUGGACAAAGAGCAGAAGAUAGAAGACAAGAUGCCAGGAGAGCGUCUAUCAGUAAGGAGCAUGUCAGAAGUGGGUAGGUUUCCCGGAGCGGCACCCCCUACCCGUGUGGAACUGACCAUCCAAAAACAGGAGAAGAAGCCAGAGGAAGGAAGCUGCAAACGCUGGUUUAAGAAAAUGUGUCCGUGUUGUGUCAAAAGGCAGACCAGUGCUUCAUAUGACCUCACAGAUAAAGUGGAGUUUGUCAAACCCCCUGCCCCCGUCACCCCUGAACCAGAAAAACUCAAGACUGAAAAAGAAGAAAUUAAGGAAAUGGAAGAAAUUAAGUUCUCCGUGUGCUCUGUGGACCUGCUGAGCUCUAAAACAGAUCACAAUAGGACAGAACAUCACACAGACCUGUUCCAUGGAGAUGAGCUGAUCAUCCGCAGAGGACAGACUUUCCAGAUCCAAGUGGAGCUCAACCGGCCUUACAACGCUGACACUGACAAACUGCACCUAGAACUCAAAACAGGGGGCCUGCCACUAGUGUCCAAAGGCACACAUGUCAUCAUUCCUCUGGUGGACCACCUGGAGGACGAGCGCUGGGAGACCAAAAUCGUGGAGCAGACGGAGAACAAGAUCAAACUGUCAGUCAACUCUCCAGCCUCUGCAGUGAUAGGGCUGUAUGGGCUCUCUGUGGUCACCAACUCACUCAAAGGGGACAAGCCCACCACCUACGACUCACCAAAGCGCAUUGUGAUGCUGUUUAAUCCAUGGUGCGAAGAGGACACGGUGUUCCUGGAUGAAGAGGAUGAGAGAAAGGAAUAUGUACUCAAUGAUACUGGACGGAUUUACUAUGGUACAGAGAAACAAAUCGGCGCUCGCACGUGGAAUUUUGGGCAGUUUCAUGAAGGGAUACUUGAAGCCUGCCUGUUCAUUCUGGAGAAAAGUGAGAUGCCUCCCUCUGGUCGUGGUGAUCCGGUCAAUGUGGUCCGAGUAUUAUCUGCCAUGAUAAAUGCUCAGGACGACUAUGGUGUUUUGAUGGGGAACUGGUCAGGGGACUACGCAGAUGGUGUGUCCCCUGCCGCAUGGAGCAGCAGUGUUGAGAUCCUGAAGAAAUACCACUCAUCCUAUGGCACGCCUGUGUGUUAUGGACAAUGCUGGGUCUUUUCAGGGGUCACCACAACAGUGUUGCGUUGUCUUGGCAUUCCUGCCCGUAGUGUGACCAACUUUCAGUCUGCUCAUGAUACAGACGUGUCACUCACCACAGAUGUGUAUUUUGAUGAAAAUCUGGAACCACUCGAAUACCUCAACAAAGACUCUGUUUGGAACUUCCAUGUGUGGAACGACUGCUGGAUGGCCAGACCAGACCUGCCCCCAGGAAAUGGGGGCUGGCAGGCAGUGGACUCCACUCCCCAGGAGACCAGUCAGGGCACCUUCCGCUGCGGUCCAGCCUCUGUCAAUGCCAUUCGCACUGGACAAGUGUACCUCAAACACGACACACCCUUUGUGUUUGCAGAAGUCAACAGUGACAAGAUCUACUGGCAGAGGAAUUUGGACGGGACCUUCAGCCAGAUUUACAGUGAGAAGAAAGCAGUGGGCCACUUCAUUAGCACUAAAGCCGUGGGCUCAGAUGAGCGUGCAGACAUCACAAACCUGUAUAAACACCAGGAAGGUUCAGAAGAGGAACGCAUUGCAGUGGAAACAGCCAGCCGCUAUGGCAGCAAGCCAGAUGUGUACUCUGUUCCUAGUGCUGAAGACGUGACUGUCGAGGUCAAGAUGGACGGAGAAGGACCCAGAAUGGGAGCAGAUGCUCAGCUCAGCAUUGUAGUGAAGAACCAGAGCUCAGAACCACGCCAGACCACGCUGCACAGCCAGGUGGCAGUCAUGUACUACACUGGUGUGCUCAAGGGCACCAUUAAGAAGGAGCAGAUGUCAGUGGAGCUCCAGCCCAAUGAAGAGAAAACCAUUGAGUGGGUGCUCCCAUACCAACAGUAUCAGAACCAGCUUGUGGACCAGGCAGCUCUGAUGAUGACACUGUCUGGACGAGUCAAUGAAACCCAGCAAGUGUUGGCUAACCAGACCACCUUCAGGCUCCGUACACCUGACCUGAACAUCACUCCAAUGGGUGAUGCUGUGGUUGGUAAGGAGAUGGCAGCCAAAAUCACAUUCACCAACCCACUGCCAAGAACUCUGAAGGAUGUGGUGUUCAGAGUGGAGGGCCUGGGUCUACAGAAGGGUCACGUGGUGGUUGUGGGGGAUGUAGCAGGCCUCGCUACAGUGACACUGACGGAGCACUUCAUCCCCUCUCAGCCUGGACCCAGGAAGCUGGUGGCAUCUCUGGAUUGUAAACAGCUCACCCAGGUCCAUGGAGUGGCUGAUAUUGUUGUCCUCGACCAAUAAUUGUUGCGACACUAGUAUUAUACUGUCAAAUGCAGGCUAAUUUCUUAUAACCUAUGCACAAUGUGUUAAUAUAUUUAGUUUCUAUAACAUAAAUUCAUAAAUUGUAUAUAUUUUAUACACAAGAUUAAUUGAAUCUGUAGCACAAACAGUAUUAAGUUUAACUUGAAGUACUUUGAAUGGAAAAUGUGGUGCUCUGUAGUCACAUGUGUACAGAGCAAAUGCAGACAUGCUUUUUACUGUAAAAGUGUGAAACCACUGUGCACUGACUGACCCUAACACUAAUAUUUGAAGGCAAAAACUUUAUUUGGGAGUAUUUCCAUAACAGCUUAUGUUUAUGCUUACUAUGUGAAUUUUGUUAUUUACAAAAUCAAGUUGCCAAAAAUGAAGGGUACUGUGAAAGUGUUUAGUAUAACAUGGCCAUGUAUAUUUAUAGAAUUUGAAUGUUAGAAGUAAAAGGCAGUGUUUUUGUUCCAUAAAAUGUAUUUUAAAUAUAUCUUCAUUGUUCAUACACUGAAGAUAUAGUUCAUCACUGUUUCACCUUUUCAUUUUUAUAGUGUGUCCUUUUUAGAUUUACCUGGUCAGUCACUCAGCACUCAAUAAUGUGAAAGAAUUAUCCAUUAGUAUAAUAAUAUUUAUGUAACUUUAUGUAACUGUAUUUUUGUAUUGUUUGCAGUAAUAAAAUACUUUAAUUAAAGU